GCAAAGCGAACACGUCAUUAGAAAAGGCGGGGUCUAGCGCUGCGGACAGACAGAAAUAAACGGGGGCGCGGUAUCGCGAAACUGGAGGAACCCGGACACUAGCGGUAGGACACGAGCAAGAGCUGUUUAACACAAGUCUCUAAAGAAAUACAGGUGAAUUGCCUGUGUGUUCUCCAUAAUGUGUGUCGUUCUACGUGUGUUUGUGGUGGUGCUGGUGUGCUCUUUAAGUGGCGUUGUGUCUCAGUCUCCGUCAUAUGGAGAGAGGGGUUCUGAUCUCGGCCUGCAGGUGUUUUUGCGUGUGGUCCAGACUAAACCCCAGGAGAAUGUGGUUCUGUCCCCUCACGGCGUGGCGUCCGUUCUGGGCAUGCUGCUUCCAGGGACGCAUGGGGAAACUCGCCGCCAACUACUCAUGGGUCUCAAAUACAAGAAGUCAGGUCCAUAUAAGAUGUUGCGGAAACUUCAUAAAUCCCUGACGACCAAAUCCAAUGCUGAUAUUGUGACGAUCGCAAACGCGCUGUUCCCCAACAAGGGUUUCAGCAUGCAUGAAGACUUUCUGACAACCAACAAAGAGAACUUCAUGUGUGAGAGUCAAACUCUUGACUACAGCAAUCCACAGAUGGCUGCAAAUGCCAUUAAUGAAUGGGUCAAAAACAGCACCAAAGGCCAUAUUCCCAGUCUUGUUAAGCCAGACAUGUUGGAUCCAGCUCUGACCUGGUUAGUGGCGGUAAAUUCCAUUUACUUUAAAGGCCUGUGGAAGUCAAGAUUUCAGGCCCAGAGCACAAAACCGAGGAGCUUCACUCCAGCAGAUGGGAAAUCAUACAAAGUGCCAAUGAUGUCUCAGCUCUCUGUCUUUAACAUGGGUCAAGCGAGCACUCCAGAUGAUUUGAAGUAUAUAGUGAUUGAACUGCCCUAUCAUGGCAACGGCAUAAGUAUGUUCAUUGCAAUGCCAUCAGAAGAAGCCACGCCCCUGUCAGCCAUCUUGCCACAUAUUUCCACGGCAACCAUCCAAAGUUGGACCAAACUGCUGUCUCAGAGGAGAAUGCGCCUUAUGAUGCCAAAGUUCACGGCUGAGGCAGAGGUGGAUUUGGAAGCUCCUCUUACAGCGAUGGGAAUCAAAGAUCUGUUCAAUAAGGCCAAAGCUGAUUUCAGACAUAUGAGUUCAGAGUCUGUCCACGUGUCCAAAGCACUACAGAAAGCCAAGAUAGAAGUCAAUGAAGAUGGAACCAAAGCUUCUGCUGCAACAGCUGCAGUCUUGCACGCCCGAUCUUCUCCUCCAUGGGUGAGCGUGGACAGACCGUUCCUGUUUCUCAUCAGACAUAACCCCACAGGAACUCUUCUGUUUGCUGGCCAGAUCAACAAACCAUGAGCCAAAAAUCAGAGAUUUAAAUGCACAUUCACCCACAACAACACACUCCACAAAUACAGAUAUAUAUUAAACUUUUGUCUUGGAUUGUGUCUUUUGUACCCACAGAUUUUUGAUUGUUGCCCGAUGGAUUUUUAACCUUCGUUUUGACUUUUUAUUUUUAUUAGACGACAGGAUGUAUUGGAUUGCUGAUAUCAUUGGAAAAUGUUUUAUAAGAUUUUAUACAUGUUCAUCAUUUGUGUUUUGUGCAAAACAUUCUUGCAAAAUGUGCCACUAAAAAACUAAAAUGCUGUUCACAUUGUGAUUUUUCUCUUUUAUCAUUAUUAUUAAACUGUCCUAAAUAAAUACUAGUUCAUUUGUUUCAUAUGAAUGCUAUGUUUUACAUCAAGUCACUUUUUAUUAAAUAUGGUAUUUAAACAGA